AGCCACACACGGCGCGCGUAAGCUGGAGCUCCUGUCUGCAUAGGAACUGUCUCGUGAUUUUGCCAAGAUCUCGUAUGUGUCGGUGCCGACGCUCCCUAGGCAGAGAGAUGCUGCGUCGGAGAGGCGCCAACCACGAAGGGGCCGCUCCUCUCAUCAGCGUUGGUGUAUGGACGAAGAAGGCUGUGACAGUUGUCAAUUGGUGGCUGUGGCCUGUUACUACCGUUGGUGUUUCUAUGCAGCCUUCUGUCGAUGCCAGGCAUGCUAGGCCUCUUCCUUGUUGAUGUUUGGAAUCACCAACACAUUAUGCUGUGCUCGACCUUCUGAGGGACCUGCUCGCAGUCUGUGGGUGCAGGUGCGAGAGCACUCAGCCACCAAUCUUGGCUCAAAAAGGAUCUUGUUGAAGACCAAGUUGGUCUUCAUGACUGACGCAAGCAUCCCAGGUGCACGUGGCUCACACGUGCCGACACUUUUCUUGGUGAUUUUGAUCGAUAUGUGCAACUGGACAUGUUCGCCGACGUGGCACGCCUAUACACAGCAACUUCGGAUUCCUGUGGAUGCAUCGGAUCGCAAUGAUCGUAACCCGAUCGAUGGGAUGGGAUGCUCUUUCGCUAUCCUUAGCCAGAGCACAAGUCUGGAUUUCAUCGUUAGUCAUGCGGCGUACGAACAGCGACCGAGGGCAAACGAUCCGAAGACGCCGAAAAGCCAGCCACACAGCGCCUCGUCAAGAAUAGUCGAUGAAAUGUGUACAUCUGUCCAAGCCAGCUUGCCUGCCAUUCGCCACAGCUGUGCCGUUCCUGCUCAUCUGCGUGAAUGGCGAAGCCCAGCGGAAUCAUGCGUUACCCGCGUAAGCAAAUGGCUGGCCACUUCAGGUUAAACUGUACCAGCAUGCAUUUGGGUGAACGCAGCGAGAUGGAGGUUGCUCCGCCGUC